CAAGGAAAAAUCAGUGAGGAGUUUUGAACGGAAAUGACACAAUCUGAUUUGGGCCUUGGGAAUGUCUCUUUAGGCUGGUGUGGAAACAAGAUGGGGGAGGACACCUUGGAGGAGGCCUUGGGGAGAGUCCUCCUGUACUAAUGCAGCCUUGGUCAGGAGCCCUCCCCAGGAGACCAGGGGAAAGCUGACCUGCCCCCAGAACACGUGCUGCAGAAGCCAGAGUAGCCCCAGCUGCGAAAGAUGGUGGAUGAAGGAAAGAAAAGUCACGGUCCCGCAAAGCGCCAGCGGAAGACGCAGAAACUGAGUGUCGCCUACGAAGCCUCAGACAAUGAGAAAGGGGAAGGUGCCAAACUCCCAGAGGCACCAGGCUGGGAGCCCCCAGACUGGCAGCAGCAGCUGGUGAACAUCCGCACCAUGAGGAGCGGGAGGGACGCACCUGUGGACCAGCUGGGGGCUGAGCACUGCUAUGACCCCAGUGCACCCCCAAAGGUGCGGAGAUACCAGGUGCUGCUGUCCCUGAUGCUCUCCAGCCAAACCAAGGACCAGGUGACAGCAGGCGCCAUGGAGCGGCUGCGUGCCCGGGGCCUGACGGUGGACAGCAUCCUGCAGACGGAUGACAGCACGCUGGGCGCACUCAUCUACCCCGUAGGCUUCUGGAGGAGCAAGGUGAAGUUCAUCAAGCAGACCAGUGCCAUCUUGCAGCAGCGUUAUGGCGGGGACAUCCCAUCUUCAGUGGCAGAGCUGGUGGCACUGCCGGGCGUUGGGCCCAAGAUGGCACACUUGGCCAUGGCGGUGGCCUGGGGCGCCGUGUCUGGCAUCGGGUUUGGAGCGGGGAAGCUCGGGCUCCAGGCCUGGGUCUGGCCCCCGCGCCCUGUGAUGAGCCAGUCUCCCGCAGCGGUGGACACGCAUGUGCACAGAAUCGCCAACAGACUCGGGUGGACCAAGACAGCGACCAAGUCCCCGGAGAAGACCCGUGCGGCGCUGGAGGCCUGGCUGCCCCGGGAGCUUUGGAGUGAGAUCAACGGACUGUUGGUGGGCUUUGGCCAGCAGACGUGUCUGCCCGUCCGCCCACGUUGCCACACCUGCCUCAACCGAAGCCUGUGCCCAGCCGCACAGAGCCGCGGCGGGCCGUGAAGCCUGGGCCUGGACGCCGUGCACCAGCUGACCGUGAGCCUUUGCUGGGGGAGCCACAGCCUGUUUCUAAUAAAACUUGGGAAUUGUUUGCA